UCUUGUGGGCUUUGAGGCAGCUGCAAAAAAAGGCAUACUCUGUCACUCUAGGACGUUUUUAGUUGUAUUUAUCUGACUACGAUUAUGGCUGAUCCCUGACGGAUAGUGUGAGGUUGGCAGGUUGCCCUGGGAAGCUCACUACUGACGGGGGAUGUGAGGUGGUUGUGGUGGUUGGGAUUGGGAUCGAUGUAGCAACCUUGACACUGAGGUUAGUGGACUGCUUGUUCCUGUCCCCAACUGAGUUUGUCCUGGGGCUAUCCAGCUUUGGAUAACACGACCAGGUUCCAAAAGAGUAAGGAAUGAGAAGGUGGCCAGAUUCAGGCAAACUAGCUUUGUCUCAUGGCGGGUACGCCUGAAGGCGGCAUCUGAUCUGUGCAGCUAAACGUGUGAACCUUGGUGGGGAGCGAGAGUGGUUAGGUUAUCCGUUCCGUCAGCAGCUAUGGUGGCCAGGUCGGCCCUUUGCACAUCUACACUCUCCACGUGGAAGCUCCAUGGUGAUGCAAGUGACAGGGGAAGUUUUGUUCCUCAGAAGCGAAGCACAACAAGAGUGCAGCUGAUUUCUGUGGGACGAUCUCCCAUCUUUUGCUUGGGGACCUCCUUGCUUCGGAAUAAAGUUUGGCACCUGGUAGCCAAUGAGACACAGUUGUUCCGGGAGCCCAAGUCAAUAACGAAUGUUACAGUAGGUGGCCGUCGAUGCCUGCGACAGCUCACAAGCACUCAGUGGCCGAUUGUGGCAGGUGAGAGAUGGUUAUCAAGAGGUAGGAGAUGCGAGACAGGAGGAGCAAGAUGGGAAGGAGCACACCAGAGAAAUUUGCGCCAGCCCGAUCACACGAGUCUGCACAGCUCUCAGAAACGAACAGCAGUUGGCGUUGUUGAGAUCAAUGCCAGCAUGAGCUUCAUAGCCCAUGCAGCUACAGAAGAUAUGGGAUUCACAGCUCAAGCAGGAGAGCAAGAGGGAGGGGAGGAGGUGGGAAGCUAUCAGCUGGACGAACGCCAACGGCAUGCUGAUGACAGCCAAAAACAGGUGCCCUAUGACUGGCAGGCGGAGUGGUACCCGGUCUGGUAUUCCCAGGAAUUCCCUGACGGGAAACCUGUGCCCAUUACUAUCUUUGACAAGCCACUGGUGCUGUACAGAGAUAGUGCAGGGAUAGCCCGUUGCGUGGAGGACAAGUGCCCACAUCGGCUGGCCAAGCUCUCGGAAGGACAGAUUGCCCACAAGCGGAACAUAGCAGGGAGCAACAACUCUGCGAAGCACCAGGCAACGCACCCGAAGCCACUCAACUGCACAGCGCCAUAAAACGACUGCAAGGAACGACACGGCAAGCGGACGAG